AUGGUAGAUGAAGCAUCUAUACGUUUUCAGCAGGGGGAAGCUGUGCAGGAAGUUGAGGCUUUAAUGGCAAAGAUGAAGCUGCUUCAGCAGACCAUAGAAGAAGAAGCAAGCCAAGAGGAAAUGUAUACACGAUUCGAGAAGGCCAAAACAGAAAGUUUGUUUGUGACACCUUCAGAUAAGAGUGAAGCAUUGCACCUUGCAAGUGUCUCUUGUUUCGUGGAAGACUCAGACUUCCAGUAUAAAGAUUUUAGCAGACGAGGUGAAGUCACUCCUCCAACGUUCAGAGCUCAGGAUUUCACAUGGGAGGAUCAUGGAUAUUCUUUGACUACUCGUCUCUAUCCAGAUGCAGCACUACUGCUGGACAAAAAAUUUCUAACUGCUUACAGCUUAACAUAUAACACCAUGGCUAUGCACUGUGAUGUUGACACGUCCAUGCUUCGUAGAGCCAUUUGGAAUUACAUUCAUUGUGUGUUUGGAAUUAGGUAUGAAAACUAUUCUAAUUGUACUGACCUUAUUAUUUUCUUGUAUCUGGCCUCUGUGUUGCUCAGGAGUUGCAUUUUUAAGUUUUUCUGGGCAACUUCAGUUAGAUUGGUCAGCACUGUAUUUAAUGUUUGUAACAAACUGAUUGAAAUACCUAUUAGACAUUGCAGUCUGCCUAGCAGUUAGUGCAGAGGAUUAGGGCUCUGAGCUGUUAAUAAACUGCUUGCUGUAGCCAGAGGUACAAGUUUUUUUCUUGCAUCCCCCUUUACCACUGGUACUGC